AUGAUUCCUUCUACUAAGCAGAUAAUGUCAUCAGAUUUUGGGACAACGUACACCAAGCUAAAUCUGCAGCCAGGAGGGAGCACUGUCAUAGACAACUUUUACAUCUGCCCAACCAACAAAAAGAAGAUCAUUCUUGUUGGUUCCUCACUCAACGUCCGUGACCAGAGUCUCUUCAUCAGUACAAAUGAAGGAUCCAGUUUCCAGAAGCAGUCAUUAACUUUUUCUGUGGAUACUCUAGUUUUCCAUCCAAAGGAUGAAGACAAACUACUGGCUUACAGCAAGGAGAGUACGCUACAUGCUUCUACUGACCUCGGAAGGAAAUGGGAACUUCUACAAGAAAGAGUGACUAAGGAUCAUUUUUUCUGGUCUGUGAACAAUGUCGAUGCUGACCCAGACUUGGUUCAUAUGGAAAUCCAGGACAAUAAUGGAGGCUAUCAGUAUAUUACCUGUCACAUUCAAAACUGCUCUGAGCAAACAUUACUAGCCCAGUUUCCUGGCAAUAUAGACCGAAGUUCCCUGUCUGUACAGGAUGACUACGCAUUUGUCAAGGUGACAACAGGAAAUCGGAUCAAGUAUUAUGUUUCAUAUCAAAGGAAUGAAUUUGUACUGAUGAAACUGCCCAAGUAUGCCUUACCAAAGGAUAUACAGAUUAUCAGUACAGAUGAAGGCCAAGUGUUUGUGGCUGUUCAGGAGUGGUACCAAACGGACACAUACAAUCUCUACCUAUCAGAUCCAAAUGGAGAAUCCUAUUCCAUAGUCCUGGAGAACAUUAGGAGCACCAAACAGCCAGAAGAAAAUGUCCUCAUAGAUAUUCUGGAGGUCAGAGGCAUUAAAGGUGUUUUUCUGGCUAAUCAGAAGAUUGACAACAGAGUGACAACCCUUAUAACAUAUAACAAAGGGCGCAGCUGGGAUUUCUUGAAUCCACCAACAACUGAUAUGAAUGGAAAGCCAGUAGCAUGCAAAUCACCUGAGUGUCACCUGCACUUACAUCUACGCUGGGCAGACAACCCAUAUGUAUCUGGAACAGUCCACACCAAGGAUACUGCACCGGGUCUCAUCAUGGGAGCAGGUAACUUGGGCUCUCAGCUAGUUGAGUACAAAGAAGAAAUGUACAUCACCUCAGAUUGUGGAAACAGCUGGAGACAGGUCUUUGAAGAGGAGCACCACAUUUUAUACCUAGAUCAUGGAGGAGUAAUUGUUGCUAUCAAGGAUACAUCCAUCCCAUUAAAAAUACUCAAGUUCAGUGUAGAUGAAGGAAAGACUUGGACCACACACAAUUUUUCUACUACUUCAGUCUUUGUUGACGGACUUCUGAGUGAACCUGGGGACGAAACACUGGUGAUGACGAUCUUUGGUCACAUCAGUUUUCGCUCUGACUGGGAACUUGUCAAAGUAGACUUCAGACCCUCCUUUUCAAGGGAAUGCACUGAAGAAGACUAUGAUUCAUGGCUGCUGACCAACCUACAGGGUGAGAGCUGCAUCAUGGGACAGCAGAGACAUUUUCGCAAGAGAAAGAUACUAUCCAACUGUAUCAAUGGAAAGCUUUUCACAUCCGCACUAACAUCUACAGUAUGCCAAUGUACAGAUUUUGAUUUCAUGUGUGACUAUGGGUUUGAACAUGAAACAGCUAUGAAAUCGGAGAGUACUGAAUGCUUUGCAGAUUUUUGGUACAAUCCAGACUCCCCUCCUGAAGACUGUACAGUGGGACAGAUCUAUACAAGCAGCACUGGGUACAGGAAGGUGGUGCUGAACAUGUGUGAAGGAGGAGUGGAUAGACAACAAAACAUAAUCCAACAUCAGUGUCCUCUGAUGGCACCCAAAGGACUGCAGAUCAGCAUUAAAGGAAACACACUGGCUGUUGACCCUGGGGAAGAUAUAACCUUUAUUGUGAAGCAGGAACAGGGUGACAUAUUAAAAACCAGGUACCAGGUAGACCUUGGUGAUGGCUUUAAGGCAUCCUACGUAAACCUGUCAUUAACAGAUGAGCCUAUCAAACAUCGAUAUGAGAAGCCUGGGGUCUACCGUGUCUCUGUGAAGGCAGAGAAUGUGGCAGGACAUGCUGAAGCUGUAGUGUACGUUCAAGUUAACUCCCCUCUUCAAGCCUUGUAUUUAGAAGCUGUACCUGUUGUUGUAAAGAAUAAGGAAGUUAACUUGACAGCAAUUGUGCAACCCAAGAACAGCAGCUUAACCAUUUUCUACUGGUGGAUUGGCGACAACUUUCAGCCUGUCUUAUCACUGGAAAACUACCUAGUCACCGCGUUUCCUGAAGUGGGUGAAGUAACAGUUACAGUACAGGCCUCCUGUGGAAAUUCUGUGGUUCAGGACACUAGGAUUGUUCGAGUAUUUGAUCACAUUGAUGCCUUGCCUUUGAAGUUCAGUAAGGAUCUUGAUGCCGCUAACCCAGACAUCCCUGAAUGGAGGCAGGAUGUAGGACGGGUGGUUACAAGGCUUCUUGCUAAGGAAACUGGUAUUCCAGAGAAUUCACUUGUAACGGUGGUAAGACCAGGCCUUCCUACAACAGGUGAACUAUAUCUGCUUCCAACAGCCCAGGCAAUGAAGAGGAGGAGGAGUAUACCAGCUGAUAAGAGAAUAGCAGCAAUCCAGCAAGCACUAAGAGGGAACAGUGUGCGUUUUUUCUUCAGAGGAGGGUCCUGGGUGACAGUUUUCCUGGCAGACUCUGGAUCAGAUUCUCGAGGUAGCAGAGGAACCACAGGUUAUUGGCUAAUAGCAGCCCUGUUUGUUCUGUGCCUUUUUAUAGCAGGAGCCUUCAUCCUCUUCAAAUUUAAAAGGAAAUUGCCAGGCCGAACUGUUUAUGCACAGAUGCAUAAUGAAAAGGAACAGGAAAUGACCAGCCCUGUGAACCACAAUGAAGACACCCAGCACAUUAUCCAAGCGGAGGAGUAUAUUGAUGAUGAUCUCGAUUCCCAGACACUAGGUAGUUCAGAAGGGAAUCACUCAGGUGUGGUACUCAGCAUAAAUUCCAGAGAGAUGCACAGUUACUUGGUUAGCUGAUGUUACCAGGGAGAAAUGAACACUGCAGACUGUUCUAUAUAUUUUAUUGUGCUUUUUUUCUGGGGAUGUUCUGGAACAGGGGAGCUUUACUGAGCUACAACUAAGGAAAUAAAAACAGGUUUGACACGACACUACUGUGGCUAUGGACAUCAAAGUAUUCUGCAGACUCACAUGUUGCUAUACAAGUCAAGUGACUACAGCACCUCAAAGUACGGAAAUCUUUGUUACAAUAGUAUGCCGUUGUAAGAGCAUGUCCUAUCCUGUUGUGAUUCUAUUAACAGAGCACACAUGUAGCCAGCAGAAGUAUUAGUGCAACACUUUUUCUUCAUGCCUUCUGUUUUUGUAAAGUAUACCACUGUACCAUCUAAUGCUUCUUUUACAUUUUAGUGUUUGCAGCACCAUGUGAAUAUUUUUAAAAGCCAUUUAAGUGGUUUCCAUAAUUACUGUUCUGUUCCAAUUGAUAGUACAGUAUUACAAUCCAAAACAGAGAGAGACCACAUUUAUAAUUCUGGGUUGCAGCAGCACAGUUGUUGGUCCAUCAUGCUAAAAGGCAGUAUAGAAGGAACAGUUAAGUAGUCUUUCUUUCAGCAUAAAGUACUACUGCCAUAUAUACCAAGUACACCACAAAAACUGACCAAAAGGUGUGGAAUUGCUGCACUGUAAAGCUGACCUCAUUGAUUAAAGAGCGAUGUUUACCAGAGUUCUGUUUUGUCCACAUGCUGCAAAUACAAACCUUUUGUCUUUUGCAUUUAGAAGUGCAUAUGGGAAAGGGACAAUGCUAUACAGGUUACAGUUUCACAUGUGGCAAACUAUUUAAAAGAAAUGACUUAAAGGUAAUACCGAGGAAACCACUGAAGUACCAUCACUGUAACAUCAAACUCUUCACUCAUCUCCCACUGAUGGUUGUGUGCAUCAGUCAAUGAGACCAUAGUUCUGCUAUCAUCAUGACAAACCUGAAUGUAAUUCAUGACUGUUCCUAUUUGUUUCAAAUCUUGUGUUAGAUAGCAUUUACUGAUAAAUGACUGCUUACAUUUUGCAUUAAAAACAAAAUACAAUGUCA